GGCCCUGCAGGCAGGUGAAAAGGACUUGCCAGGAGGUUCAGAAGAGAGAGAGAGAUUGGAAGAGUCUGGUCAAGAAGCAAGAGGAGGAGGAGGAGGGCAAGACAAGAAAGGAGGAGAGAGAUGGAUUGGCAGGAGAUGCGCGCCAGUCUUUUGAAGGAAACUGAAGGAGAAGCAGGAGGAGGGGCUGGGGACACUGCGGAGGAGGAGAGCGUGGAAACGGGGAGAAGCAGGAAACACGUGGAGAGGAAAGAAAGGGAGCAGCGGAGCAGGAAGAGACAGGGUGACAGACAGAGGCUUGGGGGAGGAAGCAACCACACCCUGUCAGCUGCCCAUGCCCACUGGCCUGUCACUUUCCUCCGCACUGGCCCAGGAGGGGGAAGCCUCUUCGCAGGGGACUCCCUUGAGCUGCUGGCUGCCAAGAAGACCCACACCUCACAAAUUGAAGUGAUUCCUUGCAAAAUCUGUGGGGACAAGUCAUCUGGGAUCCACUACGGGGUUAUCACCUGUGAGGGGUGCAAGGGCUUCUUCCGGCGCAGCCAGCAGUGUCACGUGGUCUACUCCUGCACCCGCCAGCAGAACUGCCCCAUCGACCGCGCCAGCCGAAACCGAUGCCAGCACUGUCGCCUGCAGAAAUGCCUGGCACUGGGCAUGUCCCGAGAUGCUGUCAAGUUUGGCCGCAUGUCCAAGAAGCAGCGGGACAGCCUGCACGCCGAGGUGCAGAAACAGCUGCAGCGGCAGCAACAGCAGCAGCGGGGACAGGUGGCCAAGACCCCUCCAGCGGGCGGCCAGGGAGCCGACCCCCUCUCGGGCCCCAUCGGGCUCCCGGAUGGGCAGCUGCCCCUGGGCUCCUCACCUGACCUGCCUGAGGCCGCGGCCUGCCCCCCUGGCCUCCUGAGAGCCCCAGGCUCCGGGUCCUCCUACCCCAGCAGCUUGGCCAAGGCCAGGCCCGACGGGGCCUCGUACCACGCGGAAUACAGCCCCGAGCGGGGCAAGGCCGGGGCCAGCGAGCGCUUCUACAGCACUGGCAGCCAGCUGAGCCCCCACACAUGUGGACUUCGUUUUGAGGACGCCGGGCAUCCUGGACUCGAGGAGCCAGGACGGGGCCCGGACAGCUACUGCAGCACCAGUUUCCACAGCGCCCCGGAGGUGCUCUAUGCCUCCCUGACGGAGACUGAGCACCUCGUGCAGAACGUUUGUAAAUCCUACCGAGAGACGUGUCAGCUGCGGCUGGAGGACCUGCUACGGCAGCGCCCCAACAUCUUCUCCCGGGAGGAGGUGGCCGGCUACCAGAGGAAGUCCAUGUGGGAGAUGUGGGAACGCUGUGCCCACCGCCUCACCGAGGCCAUUCAGUACGUGGUGGAGUUCGCUAAGAGGCUCUCAGGCUUUAUGGAGCUCUGCCAGAAUGACCAGAUUGUGCUUCUCAAAGCAGGAGCAAUGGAAGUGGUGCUGGUCAGGAUGUGCCGGGCCUACAACGCUGACAACCACACGGUCUUUUUCGAAGGCAAAUACGGUGGCAUGGAGCUGUUCCGAGCCUUGGGCUGCAGUGAGCUCAUCAGCUCCAUCUUCGACUUCUCCCGCUCCCUGAGCUCCUUGCGCUUUUCUGAGGAUGAGAUUGCUCUCUACACAGCCCUCGUGCUCAUCAAUGCCAACCGGCCAGGGCUCCAAGAGAAGAGGAAGGUAGAGCAGCUGCAGCACAACCUGGAGCUGGCUUUUCAUCACCAUCUCUACAAGACUCACCGCCAAGGCAUCCUGGCAAAGCUGCCACCCAAGGGGAAGCUUCGGAGCCUGUGUAGCCAGCACGUGGAAAAGCUGCAAACCUUCCAGCAUCUCCACCCCAUCGUGGUCCAAGCUGCUUUCCCUCCACUCUACAAGGAACUCUUCAGCACUGAAAUUGAGUCACCCGAAGGGCUGUCUGAGUGACCUGGAGGAGGGACUCCUUUCCCUUCCCUAGAGCC